UUGAAUGAAGGGGACCCGUUAGAUGCCGACAGGAGGAUGAACUCCAUCACCGGUCGGGUUCUCGCUAUACCCGCCGCCUCUGUCACCAACUCUGGAGCUUCAUCCACUCGAGCCUUGCAUGUAGAGCUCACUUCCCAACAGAGACGGUUGCGUCAUCUCCGCAGCAUCGCUGCCAGGAACAUUGUCAACAAGAAUGGUUCUCCGCUGCUGGACACUUACUUCACCCUCCACCUCUGUGUAGGAGACCGCAUUUCUAGAGAUUUUUACAAGAGCGAAGUCAUUCGGGACUCAUUGAAUCCUACGUGGCGGAGCCUGGACUUUGGCAUGCUCCCAGACCUUCUGGACACUUCAUUGUCUUGCUUUGUGGUCAGGAUCUGGGGGGGUCAGGAGGAACACUACCAACUCCUCAUUGAGUGGAAGGUCAACCUCGAUGGCCUCAGAUACACAGGACAGCAGGUCAGCAUCCGCUCCAUGGGAAAGAUUCGAUCCAGAAAUCCAAAUGAGAUCAUAUUUGGAUUGAAUGAUGGCUACUAUGCAGCUGACUUCGAUCAAAAGGAUCAGUCGGAGCGGAAGAAUUACAGCCUGCUUCAGGUCGACCAGAGUUCAGUCAGGAACUCCUACAGUGUUUUUUCUUUGCUCAGGCUCCACACAGCACAGAGAGCCAUCAAACAGACACAGGUGACAGUGCAGAGGACUGGGAAGGAGAUCGAGGAGAAACUGAGGACGACGGCGGCCUGCACAGAGCGGCAGAAAAAGGAGCGGGAGUGCAUGUAUCUGCGGAUAGCUGUGCUCCGCAGUGAGCUGCAGCGGCAGAGGAAGGCGCUCGGCAGGGAAAUAGACAUCAGACAGAAGGAGAGGGCACAGCUGCAAAAGAAAGAGGAAGCGUUUUCUGCUCAGCACCAGUGUCUGAAGGAUGAGAAAGAGUCCCUAACCAAGCUGCAGAAGGAAUGCACAGCCAAGAGAGAACAGUUUCUCAAGUCCAAUGCCCAGCUCACCUUCCGCUGUCGUCAGUUGCUGUCUGAGCUCUCCUACAUCUACCCCAUUGAUGUGGCCAGUCAGUCGGCUUAUGUCAUAUGUGGAGUGAAGCUGCCAAACUCGGAGGACUUUCAAGCAAAAGAUGAUGGGAGCGUGGCGGUCGCCUUGGGUUACACGGCACACCUGGUCCUGAUGAUCUCCUGCUUCCUUCAGAUUCCUCUGCGCUACCCCGUGAUCCACAAAGGUUCACGCUCCUCCAUCAAGGACACCAUCACUGACAGACUCACAGAGAAGGAGAGGGAGUAA